GUAUACCACUCCACUCUUCACGAUCAUUAACAUGGUGAUCGCUGAUAUUCAUCAAUCGAAGAGGCGUGUGUCCCAUGGGGAUGGACCGGGAGACCAAAUCGUGACCUUUGACUCGGCGCGCGUGAUUGGUGACGCUUAUCGCAACAACAGUAGCGACAGAUAUGCCUCGAGGGGUACACAUAAUGUUACCGCGGUACAACACGAUCUCUCAGACGAAAUAUACAUGGAGGAUGGAGCAACUGAGGUAGACUGCAGCCUCAAUUCGGAUAUGUCAUCAGUUUUCGCGACCAGUAGCUGUUCUCUGGCCGUCAGUGAGGAUAUAUCGGAUUCAGAAAUGUUGACGUGCCCGCAGUGUGCGGGAAACUUCCGGGACAGGGAAAACCUCUUCCGGCACGUGAAGGAGGCACACCAGCAGCAUGUCAGCGCCAUAAGCGGGCGCAGGAAGUUCCGUUGUGACCAGUGUCAGCGUUCGUUCAAAACUAUGACGGCACUACGAAAUCAUGCUCGGACGCAUCCCAACUACUUUUCCCAAGAAGACGGCUUUCUGAACUCGUCGAGGAACGUACGUCGGGCGUCAAUGGACAUUUCCGGUGCGCUAGAAUGUGCCGACGUGACUUUCACUAUAUUAGACGCGUCCACAUCUACAGUCAACAGCAACGUGUCACAUUCUCCCGAUGAUGACGUCAGUAUGUGUGAUGAACAUGACGUCACGAUAACCAACGAACCGGAUGUGCAUGAUGUGGAACAUCGAACAACGGAUAGUUAUAUUUCCGAAUCAUCACCAGUGUCCGAUAGGAAAAGAACUUCUCGACGUUACAGUGCAAUACCAGUGCCACUUCAUAGACGAGUUCUCGAACUGAAUCAUAAGUCGGUUGACAAAUAUAAAUCAGACUGUGAAACUGUUAAUACGAACACUCCAAUCCAGAUUAGACGGAGGUCGUCACUGAUACCACGACCUAAAACGCCGUCAAGCUCGACGACAGCACAGCGUUCCAGUGACAGAAAGGCUAGACUGAGAACUCCUCUGAAGAGAUGCAAUACACCCCGCAUAGACCGGACCCCGAUCUCACAGAGAAGGACUCCCAAUUGGAGUCACCAUAGAGAUAAUACGCCUGGAGGCAAACAACAGGUUCCAGGGACACCAAAUAGUAAGCCAAAGACGCCGAAAAAAACAAAGACACCGAAAACACCUAAAACACCUAAAACACCUAAAACGCCAAAGACCCCGAGAAGCGCGACGCUGAUACCUUCAACAAAGAAAGACGUGUUGAGAAAGGCAAAGAAUUCUGCCACGAAGGGCCCAGCGCAUCCUGGCGGUGAAAAAUUCACGUGCGUGAAAUGUGGGAAGACGUUUGUGGAGCGCGCGAAGCUCGAGGUACACUUUGCAGCGCAUGCACACGAGACUCCGGAAAAGUGCGGAAUACCCCGCCGAACGCUGAAACGCAACUUAAUGAAUAAGCAGCUCGAGAUUCCGACGGUGUGCGAAUCGCUCGUAAGUACGCCGAUCAAGAUAUACCCGUGCGAGAAAUGUGGGCGUAGCUACGACUCACAAAAGUUCCUGGACACUCACAUGAAAAUACACUCCAUAGAUACGCCGUACAAGUGCGAAAGCUGCGACAAACAAUUCAAGUACCUCUCCUCGCUGAAGGCGCACAGUUUCGUCCAUCGCGGAGAGUCUCGUGAAGUGGUGACGCAAUCCGAUGACGUCAUAUCUGCCGAUAACGCCAAAGACUCCGCUCAACGGUAUUAUAGUACUCGAUCGAUUAGCAACAGAGACUUCUCAAAAGGCAUGGACAGUCUGAAUGUAUUCUCCUUCCUCACGAAGAUCACCGGAAAUGAAUCUUUAAGUCAGUUGGACCUUGACAUGCCAUUCUGCUGUAAGUCAUGUGACUUCAAGACCAGCGCCCCAGCAGCUCUGUUGAGACACAUGAAGGAACAUGCGCGCGCCACCGGCAAGUAUGUGUGCGCCGUCUGCAACAAGUCUUACAAGUCGCAUAGCAACCUGAAGACACACGAGAAGGUCCACACUAUUAGCAAACUAAGACAGAUCCUAAUCGAGGGUAGCAUGACACGCACUUGCCGCCAGUAGAAUUGGUGGUGUGUUACCGAUAGGAUGAAUCGCAUGCGAGGUUAAACUGUUUCUGUCCACUUUAGAACAACUAGAAUGCAUUGAUUUAUCUGAACAAUUUUAACUUUCAGGUAUCUUCUUGCAAAUAGUAACUAAUAUAUUUUAGUGCUGUAGGAGUUAGUACUACACCGCGGAAGUGUUGAAAUGAGUUAGUUGCUGUAUUUGUAGAUAUAUGUGACUUUGUCCAUAUAACUUACAUUUUUGUUCUGUUUUGUAUAACCAUGAUUGACCUUAAAUUCUUUUUUGUGUGAAUCUCGCAACUCAGAUGUGUGUUCAGUAUUAAAACUGAGUUUUAUAUUGCGAUGUUGUUUGUAAAUAAAAUGCAUAAACUGUUUUUAUUUAUUGUAUUUUGUUUGUGUACGUUGAAAUAUUUAAAAUAAAACAUAAAACGGGAA